CAACAAUUGUCUCUCUUCGCAAACAACAGCACCACCACCGCCAUUAAAAAAAAAACUCUCGUUCAACAUGAAGUUCUCAGUUUCCACCGUUGCUGUCGCCUUCUUGGCCGUCGCUUCUGCUACCAAGACUACUUUAAUGCCCUCAAUCUCCGCCUCGGUCUCAUCCGCUAUCAAUAAGCCUUCGCCUACGAGCACUGGCACUAUUACGGUCACGGUCCCUAUCACCGCCACAGUCACGGUCACUCUUCCUCCCUCCUCGACAGGUGGUCCUGCUCCCACCCAGCCCUCAAGUGGAAAUGCCUUGAAUGUCCCUGCCAAGGCUAUCAUGGCUUUCGGCGUUGGUGCCGUUGCUUUAGCCCAAUACUUGUAAAAAAAAAAAAAAAAUCUCUGGAUAUAAUAGACCUUCCAUCCUAUUACGAAUAUAAUUGUAUAUACAAAUAUCACUCAAGGCUUUAUUCUUGGGAAUGUAAUAAAGUUACCCUCUU